CGGCCACGCCCACCUCUUAAAAUGUACUUGGCAACAACAUUCAUGCCAAUAUGACACCUGGCUGCGUAGGAAAUUCAUGACACAGACAGCAGGGCAGGCUUCAGAUCAUGGCACUGUGGUAACUGUGAUCUCCCCGGAAGCCUCUCAGGGAAAGGCUCACACUCUAUUCGCCCUUGUCUGCCAAUUGGAAUUUGAAGGGAGCUUGCUUGCUGAUGUCCUGUGUGGACCCAGAGGUACUACUGUCCAGAUAAGGGAAUUUAUGGCACAAUGAUAAAUUUCAUCUUUCCCAGAAUGAUAUGAGGAUCAAUGAUGCAGACUGCUGGGUUCAAUGAAGCUGGACAUUUUUAACUAGAUUCAUUAAGGAAUACAAAGAAAAUAUUUAAAGGGAUCAAUAAUGGUGUCUUCUGGUUGCAGAAUGCGAAGUCUGUGGUUUAUCAUUAUAAUCAUCUUCUUACCGAAUAUAGAAGGUUUCAGCAGAGCAGCUUUACCAUUUGGGUUAGUUCGGCGAGAAUUGUCCUGUGAAGGUUAUUCUAUAGAUCUGCGAUGUCCAGGCAGUGAUGUCAUCAUGAUUGAGAGCGCUAACUAUGGUCGGACAGACGACAAGAUUUGUGAUGCUGACCCAUUUCAGAUGGAGAAUACAGACUGCUACCUCCCAGAUGCCUUCAAAAUUAUGACUCAGAGGUGCAACAAUCGAACACAGUGUAUAGUAGUUACUGGGUCAGAUGUAUUUCCUGAUCCAUGUCCUGGAACAUACAAAUAUCUUGAAGUCCAGUAUGAAUGUGUCCCUUACAUGGAGCAAAAAGUUUUUGUGUGCCCUGGGACCUUGAAAGCAAUUGUGGACUCGCCAUGUAUAUAUGAAGCUGAGCAAAAGGCAGGUGCUUGGUGCAAGGACCCUCUUCAGGCCGCAGAUAAAAUUUAUUUCAUGCCCUGGACUCCCUAUCGUACCGAUACUUUAAUAGAAUAUGCUUCUAUAGAAGAUUUCCAAAACAGUCGCCAAACAACAACAUACAAACUUCCAAAUCGAGUAGAUGGUACUGGAUUUGUGGUAUAUGAUGGUGCUGUCUUCUUUAACAAAGAAAGAACGAGGAAUAUUGUGAAAUUUGAUUUGAGGACUAGAAUUAAGAGUGGAGAGGCCAUAAUUAACUAUGCCAACUACCAUGAUACCUCACCGUAUAGAUGGGGAGGAAAGACUGAUAUCGACCUAGCAGUUGAUGAAAAUGGCUUAUGGGUCAUCUAUGCCACGGAACAGAACAAUGGAAUGAUAGUUAUUAGCCAACUGAAUCCAUACACUCUGCGAUUUGAAGCAACGUGGGAGACUGUGUACGACAAACGUGCUGCAUCGAAUGCUUUUAUGAUCUGCGGAGUCCUGUACGUGGUCAGGUCAGUUUAUCAAGACAAUGAGAGUGAAACAGGCAAGAACGCCAUUGACUACAUCUACAAUACCCGAUUAAACCGAGGAGAAUAUGUAGAUGUCCCCUUCCCCAACCAGUACCAGUAUAUCGCUGCAGUGGAUUACAAUCCCAGAGAUAACCAACUGUACGUGUGGAACAAUAACUUCAUUCUACGAUAUUCUCUGGAGUUUGGUCCACCUGAUCCUGCCCAAGUGCCUACCACAGCUGUGACAAUAACUUCUUCAGCUGAGCUGUUCAAAACCACAGUGUCAACCACAAGCACUACUUCACCGAAAGGCCCCAUGAGCACAACUGUAGCUGGGUCCCAGGAAGGAAGCAAAGGGACAAAACCACCUCCAGCAGUUUCUACAACCAAAAUUCCUCCCGUCACAAAUAUUUUUCCCCUGCCAGAGAGAUUCUGCGAAGCAUUAGAUGCCAGGGGCAUAUGGUGGCCUCAGACCCACAGGGGAGCGAUGGUUGAACGGCCAUGUCCCAAGGGAACAAGAGGAACUGCCUCGUAUCUCUGCAUGGCUUCCACUGGAACAUGGAACCCUAAGGGCCCUGAUCUUAGCAACUGUACCUCACACUGGGUGAAUCAGCUGGCUCAGAAGAUUAGAAGUGGAGAAAACGCCGCUAGUCUUGCCAAUGAACUGGCUAAACAUACCAAAGGGCCGGUGUUUGCUGGGGAUGUGAGUUCUUCAGUGAGAUUGAUGGAGCAGUUGGUGGACAUUCUUGAUGCACAGCUGCAGGAACUGAAACCUAGCGAAAAAGAUUCAGCUGGACGGAGUUAUAACAAGCUCCAAAAACGAGAGAAGACAUGCAGGGCUUACCUUAAGGCAAUUGUUGACACAGUGGACAACCUUCUGAAACCUGAAGCUUUGGAAUCGUGGAAACACAUGAAUUCUUCUGAACAAGCGCAUACUGCAACGAUGUUACUGGAUACGCUGGAAGAAGGGGCUUUUGUCCUGGCUGACAAUCUGGUAGAACCAACCAGAGUCUCAAUGCCUACCGAAAAUAUUGUCCUGGAAGUUGCAGUUCUCAGUACAGAAGGACAAGUUCAGGACUUCAAAUUUCCUCUGGGCAUCAAAGGAGCAGGCAGCUCAAUCCAGCUCUCUGCAAACACUGUCAAACAGAACAGCAGGNUAGGGCUUGCAAAGUUGGUGUUCAUCAUUUACCGGAGCCUGGGACAGUUCCUCAGCACAGAAAAUGCAACCAUAAAACUGGGUGCUGACUUCAUUGGUCGUAAUAGCACCAUUGCAGUGAAUUCCCACGUCAUUUCGGUUUCAAUCAAUAAAGAAUCCAGCCGAGUGUACUUGACAGAUCCUGUGCUUUUUACCCUGCCACACAUUGAUGUAAGUUAUCCUGACAAUUACUUCAAUGCAAACUGCUCCUUCUGGAACUACUCAGAGAGAACUAUGAUGGGAUAUUGGUCUACCCAGGGCUGCAAGCUGGUUGACACUAAUAAAACUCGUACAACAUGUGCAUGCAGCCACCUAACCAAUUUUGCAAUUCUUAUGGCCCACAGGGAAAUUGCAUACAAAGAUGGAGUUCACGAAUUACUCCUGACAGUCAUCACCUGGGUCGGAAUUGUCAUUUCCCUUGUUUGCCUGGCUAUCUGCAUUUUCACCUUCUGCUUUUUCCGUGGUCUCCAGAGUGACCGUAACACAAUUCACAAGAAUCUUUGUAUCAACCUUUUCAUUGCUGAGUUUAUUUUUCUAAUAGGCAUUGAUAAGACAGACUACAUGAUUGCAUGCUCAAUAUUUGCAGGACUUCUACACUUUUUCUUUUUGGCUGCUUUUGCUUGGAUGUGCUUAGAAGGUGUGCAGCUCUAUCUAAUGUUAGUUGAAGUUUUUGAAAGUGAAUAUUCAAGGAAGAAAUAUUACUAUGUUGCUGGUUACUUGUUUCCUGCCACAGUGGUUGGAGUUUCAGCUGCUAUUGACUAUAAGAGCUAUGGAACAGAAAAAGCUUGCUGGCUUCAUGUUGAUAACUAUUUUAUAUGGAGUUUCAUUGGACCUGUUACUUUCAUUAUUCUGCUAAAUAUUAUAUUCCUGGUGAUCACAUUGUGCAAAAUGGUGAAGCACUCAAACACUUUGAAACCCGAUUCUAGCAGGUUGGAGAACAUUAAUAAUUACCGUGUUUGUGAUGGCUACUAUAAUACGGACUUACCUGGCUAUGAAGAUAAUAAGCCAUUUAUCAAGUCUUGGGUGCUUGGCGCUUUCGCUCUUCUGUGUCUUCUUGGCCUCACCUGGUCAUUUGGGUUGCUUUUUAUUAAUGAGGAGACUAUAGUGAUGGCAUAUCUCUUCACCAUCUUUAAUGCUUUCCAGGGAGUGUUCAUUUUCAUCUUUCACUGUGCUCUUCAGAAGAAAGUACGAAAAGAAUAUGGCAAGUGCUUCAGACACUCCUAUUGCUGCAGCGGCCUCCCAACGGAGAGUCCCCACAGCUCAGUGAAGGCUUCCACCACCAGGACCAGCGCUCGGUAUUCCUCCGGCACACAGAGUCGUAUAAGAAGGAUGUGGAAUGACACUGUGAGAAAACAAUCUGAAUCUUCUUUUAUCUCAGGUGACAUCAAUAGCACUUCAACACUUAAUCAAGGACAUUCACUGAACAAUGCCAGGGAUACAAGUGCCAUGGAUACUCUACCGCUAAAUGGUAAUUUCAACAACAGCUACUCGCUGCGCAAGGGGGACUACACCGACGGCGUGCAGGUCGUGGACUGUGGACUAAGUCUGAAUGAUACCGCUUUUGAGAAAAUGAUCAUUUCAGAGCUAGUGCACAACAACCUACGGGGCAGCAGCAAGACUCACAACCUGGAGCUCACGCUCCCAGUCAAACCUGUGAUAGGCGGGAGCAGCAGCGAGGAUGAUGCCAUCGUGGCCGACGCAUCCUCUCUCAUGCAUGGCGACCACCCAGGACUGGAGCUGCACCACCGAGAGCUGGAGGCCCCGCUCAUCCCUCAGCGGACUCACUCCCUUCUGUACCAGCCGCAGAAGAAAGCGAAGCCCGAGGGCACGGACAGCUACGUCUCCCAGCUGACCUCCGAGGCCGAGGACCACCUGCAGUCGCCCAACAGGGACUCUCUUUACACGAGCAUGCCCAACCUCAGAGACUCUCCCUACCCGGAGAGCAGCCCGGACAUGGAGGAAGACCUGUCUCCCUCCCGGAGGAGCGAGAACGAGGACAUUUACUACAAGAGCAUGCCCAACCUGGGGGCUGGCCACCAGCUCCAGACGUGCUACCAGAUCAGCAGGGGCAACAGCGACGGGUACAUCAUCCCCAUUCACAAGGAAGGCUGCAUCCCCGAAGGGGACGUGAGAGAAGGGCAGAUGCAGCUGGUGACCAGCCUUUAAUAGCUCAGCCGGGGCGGUCCGAGGGCCACCGGCGAGUAUUCACAAAGCGAGGCCCGUGGGCCCCACGCAGACUCGGCCGCACAGACAGCCCUGAUGACCUGUGGUUCCUCCCGUGUAAAAAAAAAAAAAAAAGAUGACUGAACCUUGCCGUUCUGUGAAUUUUUAUAAAACAUACAAGAAAAACUUUGUAUAUACACAGAGUAUACUAAAGUGAAUUAUUUGUUACAAAGAAAAGAGAUGCCAAACAGGUAUUUUCCGAUUCUGCUGCUGUUUAGAGAAAUUGUGAAGCGAGCAAAACGCAACUUUCCAGCCAUUUUACCGCAGCAGUUUGCGAACUAAAUUUGUAAAUAUGGCUGCACCAUUUUUUUGUAGGCCUGCAUUGUAUUAUAUACAAGACGUAGGCUUUAAAAUCCUGUGGGACACACUUACUGUACCUUACUGUUCCUGACAAGACUUGGAAAAGCAGGAGAGGGAUUCUGCAGCAGUUUGCAGUUCACUGCAAAUCUUUUCCAUUCAGGCAAAGAUGGAAACCAUGUUUAACCACUAGCAAUCAAGCCACAGGCCUUAUUUCGUAUGUUUCCUCAACUGUACAAUGAACUAUUCUCAUGAAAAAAAAAAUGGCUAAAGAAAUUAUAUUUUGUUCUAUUGCUAGGGUAAAAUAAAUACAUUUGUGUCCAACUGAAAUAGAAUUGUCAUUAGAAUAAUUUUAAAGAGUUUGAAGAAAAUAUUGUGAAAAGCUCUUGGUUGCACAUGUUAUGUUUUUUUCUUACACUUUGUCAUGGUUCUGCCCAUUGUCACUUAGUUUCCACUGUAUACAAGUGUUCUGCUUUGACAUGUUAGUUUUAUCCUUACAUUUAAAUUCCUUAUUGCCAAAAGAACGUGUUCUAUGGGGAGAAAAGUCUUUGAAGCCAGUUACGCCAUGCCUUGCACAACCGUGGUGAAACCUAGAAAAGAUUGCGUGUCGCCCCUCCGUUUAUUCUUGAGCAGAGGGCAGAGAGGGCACUGGGCACUUCUCACAAACUUGCUAGUGAACAAAAGGUGCCUCUUUUUUUUUAAAAUAAAAUAAAAAUAAAUAUUACUCUUCCAUAUUCCUUCUGCCUAUAUUUAGUAAUUAAUUUAUUUUAUGAUAAAGUUCUAAUGAAAUGUAAAUUGUUUCAGCCAAAUUCUGCUUUUCUUUUCAUCCCUUUGUGUAAACCUGUUAAUAAUGAGCCCAUCACUAAUAUCCAGUGUAAAGUUUAACACGGUUUGACAGUAAAUAAAUGUGAAUUUUUUCAAGUAGUUAACGUGCACUUUUAUGUAUGAUACACAAUUGGCUUUAACACAUUGGCCCUCUCCCACCCCUCCCCCUUGGAUAUAUUUAGAUCCCUUCAUAUUAUAACUCAUGGAUAUGGAAAAGAAUACAGUUAAGUUGCUGGAUGGCUUUAUAUGCUAAAAAGUAUAUAAUAUAUUUAUAUUUUGAUUAUCCAUUCAUUACCCAUGCUCACAAUUUGGCCAAUAAGUUUCAACAAAGAAUCAUACUGAAAGCUUUGUAUUUGUUGGAUUGCACCAGAACUUAAAAAAAAUAAUAAUGAAAAAAGGGGGGAUUGCAAAUUGUGCAGUCAAAUUGAACAUCAUAAAAAAAAAUUUGAUUUUUCAGCACUAUUGAGAAGAAAUUCCUAAAACAUACUUUUACAGUGUGAGGAUUAUAAGUAUCCCUAUAAGGGAGCUGCAAAUGACAAUAUUUGUUAUCAUGGAAAGGUUCAAAAAUCAUAAUUGAAUCUCAACAAGUAGAUGUUUCCUGUCCACAUCAUAAGCGUUUAUACCGAAUUCCUCUACAGCUUAGUGGUUCUCCCCAGUGCUCCCACCAAGUUAGAAAUCACUUUAUUUUAUGUGGACACACUUAGUCAUGCCUGUUGAGUUUAAAAAAGAGUAAUGAGAAAAAAUGUUCAAGUAUAUAUUUAUAUAUCUAAAUGUGGCUAUAGUAAGGUAGACACUAUAUAAUAAAGGAUCAAUAUUUAAUAGUAGGGUAACAAUGAAGGAGUGUAUUCACAUGUAGUUACCUAACAAGUUGGAGAUUGACUAUAAGACAUUAUAUUCAUAUUCGAACAGAUACAAUUCUCUGAGAGGAAUAGUCAUAUUUCUUUGGCUAAAACUCUUCAGUCAUUUACAAAAUUUUAUUUGCUAGAAGGAUUAUAUAAUCAAACAUAUUAAUUUUCUAGUUUAUGCUUUUUUCCUUUCAAAGCCUGGAACUAUACAGUGUUGUGUGAUAUGUAUGUCCCAGUAUACAAACUGAGUAGGAUUAGGUUGGUUCAGUAAUGAAUUACCAAUUUUUUUUUAAAAAAAACAUUGAUUAUUCAAUGAGUGCUAUUUCUCUUGAAGCAGUUCUUAAAACUGGUAUGAUGUGAACAAGUAUGUGGUAUAUAAACAGUUAAUAUUCUCUUUAGAAAAAGUAAUUUAUUAUGAGUCUUUAUAUUAGAGAAUAGAAUCUGAAAGCUAUCAUUCAUCUUUGCCACCAAAAGAAAAAUUGUCUUUAAAACUGAUUUAAAAAAAAAAAAAAACACAUAGAAAUGUUGCCUUAAAUUCCAUCUAGGCUUCUUAGUACAAGUUAGUUUCUUAAGUUUAAAAUUAUUAAUCUACUGUCUGAUGCAUUACUCUGUUUAUUACCCCAGUAGGUUCUCUGGGUCUGCCCAGACUUCACCUGGAUAUACAAUUUCUACAUCCUUGAUUGUUUCUCUGUGUGAUAGUCACAACUGUGAACUUUUAUAAAGUCACGUUAUUGUAACUCUUCCCAGGGACAGUUACUCUACUGGUCUGUUAAAAAGGAAUGCUUGUUAACAUUGGCUUUAGCUGUAGCUUCAUACAGGUUAAUUCAGACUGACUUAUUUUAAAAUUUAGUCCUGUUUAUUCUAUUUACAAAAGAAAACAACUGUAUACAUUCAUCUUACAGGCUUUUAAAAUCAUUUAUGUGGAAGAGAAUCCAUCCAUACAAGUGUAAAAUUACUUAAAUGUGUUGUCAAGUACAACUCAUCCACGUUUAUUUGAGGGUAGCUCCAUGUAAUAUUUUAACCAGUAUGAACAACUGGUUUUAAAGUAAAGGAACAAUUAUUUGACAGAAAAUUCCCAUCUCUAUUCUCUCCCCCGCAAAAAAACCAUCACGCACAAAUUCAUUACCAAAUUUCAAAGAAAUAUUCAUGUGUAUUAUAACUGUUUUCAGGACCCUGGCUUUAUGUAUUUAUUUAAAUGAAAAAGGAGAAAAUGUACUUUUCCAUCAAUUCAACUUUGAACCUCAGGCUUCAAACUGACCUUUAUGAUGCUCUCAUGGGAUAGAACGUUUUGUAAAGAACUUGAACUCACUAAGAAUUUUAUUGUGGUUAUAACCUAAGUAGAAAAACUUGAAAGAAUGCAUACAAGUUGAAUUUUUGUAAUGAAAACAGCUCUUCGUAUUUUAUUGAUACUGAAAUUUUCUUUAAAGACAGUUAUUCCUGCAGUGUUUUACAAAUAAAAAAAAACUACCUGUGUUCCAGA